UCAGUAGCAAUAGCCCCAGCACCGCUCACCACCUCAGGACGCCGCUUCCCUCUGUUCUCAGCCCAGCGCCACAAGCCGCCUACAGCCCUCCACCACCAGGGCGCGCCGGGUUUCCCGCUUGCCUCACCUCUCUUCCCCAGCCUCACCCCGGGCCGCAGCCCCAUGUCCCGCUGCCGCCCCAGCACCUCUCACCUCGGGAAGCGGAAGCCGCUCUGCCGGCAGCUGCGGGGCCGCCGUGGCCGCUUCGCUCCUCCCCGCCCACCAAGGACUGCGAGAAGCUACUCUGACAACACCAGCUGUCUUGUUAAUCAUACGUCAGGGUCGAAGGGCAUAAUUACUUCAAGAGGAGAAAUGCCUUGUAACUUAUAUCGGUGGAGGGAGCCACAUUGCUGCUCUGGGAAGAGCAUGACUGCAUCACGAUAGCCACUGGCAGUCUGUUUCUGGCACAGCAGCAGGUUGUGCACUUGCCACACUGAGUUCUACUAGAUCAAGUAUUCCUUUCGAUUACUGACCAGUUAUUAAAACAUGGUACUCCAGUCAUCCUUAAAGAACUGCCUUCAGCUAUCCUGCAUCUUCAGGACCCCAAAAGCUGGUUUCAGAAGCACAACAACUGGAGGCCUCAUUAUCCAGUCUAUUUCUAAUGAUGUUUACCAAAAUCUAGCAGUGGAAGACUGGAUCCAUGACCACAUGAACUUAGAGAACCGGCCUGUCCUUUUCCUUUGGAGAAAUUCCCCUGCUGUGGUAAUAGGGAGACAUCAGAAUCCCUGGCAGGAAUGCAACCUUAGGCUAAUGAGGCAAAAAAAUAUAAAACUAGCUAGGAGAAGAAGUGGAGGAGGGACAGUUUACCAUGACUUAGGCAAUAUCAAUUUGACUUUCUUCACAACAAGAAAAAAAUAUGAACGAAUGGAAAACCUGAAACUAGUUGUGAAGGCACUGAAAGGCUUGCGUCCCCAGUUAGAUGUACACGUCACCGACAGAUAUGACAUCUUGCUAGAUAGGCAAUACAAAAUCUCAGGGACUGCUGCAAAGCUGGGAGGCACAGCUGCUUAUCACCACUGUACCUUGCUCUGUAACGCAGAUAAGUUUGUUCUCUCUUCUGUGCUAACGAGCCCUUAUAGAGGGCUAAAAAGCAAUGCCACUCCUAGUGUGCCUGCCUCGGUGAAAAAUCUCUUUGAAGAGGAUCCUAGUUUAACAUGUGAGAUGCUCUUGGAUGCUAUUGCUGAAGAAUAUGCUGCACAACACCAAAUAGAUCAUCAUAUCAGCUUAAUAAAUCCAGCUGAUGAGACUGUGCUUCCUGGAAUUAAUAACAAAACUAAAGAACUGCAAACCUGGGAAUGGGUUUAUGGAAAAACACCCAAGUUCAGUAUUAGUACUUGUUUUAAUUUGGUCUAUCAAGAUUCUGUUCUUGAUGUUAAAGUAGACAUGGAUGUAAAGCAUGGAAGGAUUGAAGUCUGUAACAUCGACCUGCCAGAGCAGUGGCUGCCCCCAGCAUUGUGCAGUGAACUGGUGAAGAGCCUUACAGGCAGCAAGUUUUGCCCAAAUGAAACCACUGCACUAACAACUACAUUACCAAGAGUGUGUCCACAAGACAGUGAGUUGCACAGCAGAUGGAAUCUGCUAUGUGAGAAUAUGACGAUGUUAAUGUGACUUGCAUUUUGAAAAUUUAAGUUUAAACAUCUGCUGCUUUUUUUCAUUUAAUUUAUUGAAAACAAAAUUAAAAUAA